UCAGUUAAAAGAGAAUCAAAAAAGAAAGGGUAAACAAAAAACAGAGGUGCAAGUGCAACAAGGGAAAUCUCGGUUUUUUUCGCGCAGGGUUUUCUCAAAUUCCUCCAAUCCUAAGUGGGAGCAAGGAGAUUUGAAACACAGAAACUGGUCAUCAUCAGAUUUUGGGUUCUGUGUACCGAAAUCCAAAAGUCUCAGUCGCGUGGAUUGGAGUUUGACACUAAGUUACAAGAUCGCUGCGGUUUCAGGAAUGAGUAGUUUAGUUGAGAGACUUCGUGUCAGAUCAGACUCAAGACCCCGCUAUAGUUUGGAUGAUUCUGAUGAUGAGUCAGACAUCCUGCUAGGUAAAUCCAAGAAUGCAGAGCAAUUUGAGAAGAUUAAUAGAGAUGAUGCGAAAGAAGAUUCAUGUAAUGCAUGUGGUGAAUCCGGGAAUCUACUUGUCUGUGAAACUUGCACUUACGAAUAUCACCCAAAGUGUUUAAUACCACCUCUGAAAGCUCCUCUUCCUACCAGCUGGAGGUGUCCAAAAUGUGUUAAUCCUCUAAAUGAUAUUGAAAAACUUUUGGACUGUGAAAUGCGGCCUACUGUUGCUGAUGAUAGUGAUGCCUCAAAGUUGGGUUCCAAGCAGAUAUUUGUGAAACAAUAUCUUGUGAAGUGGAAAGGCCUAUCUUAUCUCCAUUGCACAUGGGUACCUGAAAAAGAGUUUAUAAAAGCUUACAAGGAAUUACCUCGCUUAAGGACAAAAGUAAACAAUUUUCGCAAGCAAAUGAAUGUGGGCAACAACAAUGAAGAUGAAUAUGUUCCUAUCAGGCCAGAAUAUACAAUGGUUGACCGAAUUCUUGCUUGCAGGCAAGAAGGUGAGGAGGAAAAGGAAUAUCUUGUAAAAUGGGUGGGACUUAACUAUGAUGAAUGUUAUUGGGAAUCAGAGUCAGAUAUCUCAUCAUUUCAACAACAAAUUGAGAAUUUCAAUAGACUGCAGUCUAGAUAUCGGAAACUAAGGAAGCAGAAAAGCAACAAUCAUGAUGCAGCCGACUUAAGAAAGAAGUCAAAAGAAUUUCAACAGUUUGAAAAGAGUCCCGAAUUUCUUCCUGGGGGUGAGCUCCACCCAUAUCAGCUUGAAGGAUUAAACUUCUUGCGUUUCUCAUGGUCUAAACAAACACAUGUCAUACUUGCAGACGAAAUGGGUCUUGGAAAAACAAUACAAAGUAUUGCCUUUUUAGCCUCUCUAUAUGAAGAGAAUGUCUCCCCACAUCUAGUAGUAGCACCACUUUCUACAUUGAGAAACUGGGAACGUGAAUUUGCCACAUGGGCGCCUCAUAUGAAUGUUGUUAUGUAUGUUGGAACAGCUGCUGCACGUGCUGUAAUACGUGAAUAUGAAUUUUAUUUCCCAAAGUCUCAUAAGAAGGACAAGAAGAAGAAGUCAAGUCAUGGGUCAAAUGAAAAUAAGCAAGCCAGGAUUAAAUUUGAUGUCCUAUUGACAUCUUAUGAAAUGAUCAACAUAGAUAACGGGUCCCUCAAGGCAAUAAGCUGGGAGACUAUGAUAGUGGACGAAGGCCAUCGUCUCAAGAACAAGGAUUCAAAGUUGUUUUCUGCACUGAAACAGUUUGAUACCAGACAUCGUACAUUAUUGACUGGAACCCCUCUUCAGAACAACUUGGAUGAGCUUUUCAUGCUUAUGCACUUCCUUGAUGCUGGGAAGUUUGCAAGUUUGGAAGAGUUUCAGGAAGAGUUUAAGGAUAUCAAUCAAGAAGAGCAAGUUUCAAGGCUCCAUAAGAUGUUGGCCCCUCAUCUUCUAAGAAGAUUGAAGAAAGAUGUUAUGAAGAAACUACCUCCUAAAAAGGAGCUCAUUUUACGUGUGGAGUUAAGUAGCAAGCAGAAAGAGUACUACAAGGCAAUUUUAACUCGUAACUAUCAGUUAUUAACUCGCCGAGGAGGCGCCCAGAUUUCUCUCAUUAAUGUGGUUAUGGAAUUGCGCAAGCUCUGUUGUCACCCUUUUAUGCUGGAGGGAGUUGAACCAGAAGACACCAAUGAGUUCUACAAACAACUGUUGGAAUCUUCUGGGAAACUGCAGCUUUUGGAUAAAAUGAUGGUGAAGCUCAAAGAGCAAGGACAUAGAGUUUUAAUUUAUACACAAUUUCAGCACAUGUUGGAUUUGCUUGAAGAUUAUUGCAAUUACAAGAAAUGGCUAUAUGAACGAAUUGAUGGAAAAGUUAGUGGAGGGGAAAGACAAGUUCGAAUUGAUAGGUUCAAUGUCAGUAAUUCUUCUAGAUUUUGCUUUCUGCUAUCUACUAGAGCUGGUGGUUUGGGUAUUAACCUUGCCACUGCAGAUACAGUUAUUAUUUAUGACAGUGAUUGGAAUCCUCAUGCUGAUCUACAAGCAAUGGCCAGAGCUCAUCGUCUUGGACAGAAAAAUAAGGUUAUGAUAUUUAGACUUAUAACAAGAGGAACAAUUGAAGAAAGGAUGAUGGAGAUGACCAAGAAGAAGAUGGUGUUGGAGCAUUUGGUUGUUGGCAAGCUUAAAAAUCAAAACAUCAAUCAGGAAGAGCUGGAUGACAUCAUCAGGUAUGGAUCAAAGGAGUUAUUUGCUGAUGAGAAUGAUGAGGCUAUGAAAUCAAGACAAAUCCAUUACGAUGAUGCUGCAAUAGAUAGAUUGCUUAACCGUGAUUACACUGAAGAAGAAAAUGCUGCAAUGGAAGAUGCAGAAGAAGAUGGCUUUUUGAAAGCAUUUAAGGUGGCAAAUUUUGAGUACAUUGAUGAGGCGUCAAAAGAGGAAGAGGAAAUACAAGAACCCAUAGCAGAGGACAAAAGUGCAGCCACAAAUCCAGAAAGAUCAAGUUAUUGGGAGGAGUUGUUAAAAGACAGAUAUGAAGUUCACAAAGUUGAAGAGUUGAAUUCUAUGGGAAAAGGUAAAAGAAGCAGAAAGCAGAUGGUGUCUGUUGAAGAUGAUGAUCUUGCUGGAUUGGAAGAUGUAAGCUCUGAUGCUGAUGAUAAUUAUGAGGCCGAGUUGUCUGAUGGAGAGAAUUCAGCUGGAGCAACACCUGUGAAAAAGCCUUACAGGAAGAAAACACGUGGUAUGAUACACUUUUAUCUUUUAAUCUUUUAUAAGUUGCAUAAAUUUGUUUUGUUUGGGGUGAUAAUAUUUGUUAAUGGGAUCUUUUUCUUAAUUAUAUUUGCAGUUGACAAUGCUGAGCUACUUCCUCUUAUGGAAGGUGAAGGGAGAGCCUUUAGAGUAUUGGGAUUUAAUCAAAGUCAAAGGGCUCAAUUUGUUCAAAUCUUGAUGAGAUUUGGGGUUGGAGACUUUGAUUGGGCGGAAUUUACUUCACGUUUGAAGCAAAAGAGUUAUGAGGAAAUUAAAGUUUAUGGAACUCUCUUCUUGUCGCACAUUUCUGAAGACAUUACAGAUGCUGCAACUUUUUCAGAUGGUGUUCCGAAAGAAGGGCUAAGAAUAGAAGAUGUACUUGUCAGGAUUGCAGUCUUGCUUCUUGUAAGAGAUAAAGUAAAAAACACUUCAGAGAAUCAAAGUGCUCCCCUUUUUACAGAUGACAUCAUCUAUCGGUAUCCAGGAUUAAGAGGUUUAAAAUUCUGGAAGGAGGAACACGAUCGAACCCUACUCCGUGCUGUCUUGAAGCAUGGUUAUGGAAGAUGGCAAGCUAUUGUUGAUGACAAGGAUUUGAGGGUGCAAGAAGUGAUUUGUCAAGAGUUGAAUCUCCCUGGUAUAAAUAUGAGUCUCCCAGGGGCACCUCAAGGUCAAUUUGUCCCACCUGGAAGUGUUGAAGCUCAAACACCAGCAACAGCAGUAGCAGCUACUCAACCACAAGCACAAGCACAAGUUCAGGAUUCCACUGCUGCUGCAAAUAAUGCUUUGUAUCACUUCAGAGAGAUGCAAAGAAGACUGGUUGAGUUUGUUAAGAAACGUGUCCUCCUUCUGGAAAAAGGACUUAAUGCCGAAUACCAGAAAGAAUACUUUGGUGAUGAAAAACCCAAUGAGAUUCGGAAUGAUGACAUGGAAACUGAUCAAAAGGUUGUGGACAGACCAAGUGCAAGCCACAAUGACACAAGUUCUCAGAUGAUUGGUCAAUUGCCUCAAAUCCAAGUUAUCUCUCCAGAAGAAAUAACAGCAGCAGCUUGUGAUGAUAAAAAGGAUCGUUUGGCAAUGGCCCGCCAUUAUAACGAGAUGUGCAAGAUAGUUGAGGAAAAUGCGGUUGAAUCAGUUGAGGCAUAUGUGGGGAACAAACCUGGUGCAGGUUUGAAGCUGAAAAAGAAGCUUGAACCACUGGAAGGGAUACAUGAACAAGUCUCCAAGAUUCUUGGAAAUGAAAAGAGCAAUGGUGAUGUGAGUCAGCAUGAAGUCAACGGGACCACAAACACUGCUGAUGUGGCAAUGGAAGAUGGGGAAGGACGAAGCCCGGGUGUCAUUGUGUUGGAGUAAAUCGUGUUACUAAGUUAACUUGUUUCUUAUGCUUUUGAGACUUGUUGAGAAGGUUUUUUUUUUUUUUUUUUUAUAGAAAAGUGGUUGGGUUGGAGUUUAGAUGUUUUGUGCCAUGAAAAUGCAAUACAGUUUACUAAUCAAAAGUUAUUAGGAGCUAAAAUUUGUGUAAGGUGUUCCAACAGGCGAGACACCACCAAUGUUGUUAGUUUGAUAGUUAAUGUUGUCUUUUGAGUAUAGGAAGGAGGAACUGAUGAUACAUUUUCAGCUUCUUUUAUUGUUAUAUCCAAGUUUCUGCUAGUGGUAAACUUACAACUA